AGUGAGCCUUUUGCUAUCAAUUAAGGAACCGCCAAUUGGGCCUUAGUUGCUUUGCUGAACUGCCUAUAUAAAUUCUAUCAACACCACCGUGUAAAUCUUUUUUACGCGCAGAUUGAUAGAACCGCCUCAAAAACUCACGAACAAGCAGUCUCUUGCUUCAACGACGGCGUCCUUCUAUCCUAAGCCUCUGCUGGCAAAACCCUAAUCAUCUGGUCAGUUUUAGAAUUAGUCUCAAAUCCGUCACUAUAGCAUAGGACCUAACUACACCGUAAAUUGUAAUAAUCUGAUCACAAAUUAUCCGACAACGGUGACCUGCAAAUGGCCAGCGGAGGAACGACCGCCCCGCCGCCACCGUAUCAGCCAUACCGUCUUAUAAAAACUUUAACGACCCACGAAUCCGCCGUCUCCUGUGUAAAAUUCUCCAUCGACGGCAAUCUUUUAGCCUCAGCCUCCCUCGACAAAACCCUAAUUAUAUGGUCAGCCUCCACCUUCGCUCUCCUCCACCGCCUAGUCGGCCAUUCCGAGGGCGUCUCCGAUCUCGCCUGGUCCUCGAAUUCUCACUACAUCUGCUCCGCCUCCGACGACCGCACUCUCCGCAUCUGGGACGCUCGAUCCCCUUUUGAUUGCCUCAAAACCCUAAAAGGCCACUCCGACUUCGUAUUCUGCGUCAAUUUUAAUCCCCAGUCUAAUCUAAUCGUGUCCGGUUCAUUCGACGAAACGAUUCGUAUUUGGGAGGUUAAAACCGGGAAGUGCGUGAGAGUAAUUAAUGCUCACACUAUGCCGGUGACCGCGGCUCAUUUUAACAGAGACGGUUCUUUGAUUGUCUCCGGUAGUCACGACGGUUCUUGUAAGAUUUGGGAAGCUUCUAGCGGCGCGUGUUUGAAGACUCUCAUUGAUGAUAAAGUCCCUUCUGUUUCGUUCGCAAAAUUCUCUCCGAACGGCAAAUUUAUCCUCGUUGCCACUCAUGAUAGCACCCUUAAGCUGUGGAAUUAUUCGACGGGGAAGUUCUUGAAGAUGUAUGCGGGACAUACGAACAGAGCGUACUGCAUAGCUUCAACAUUUUCGGUGACGAGGGGGAAAUUUAUUGUGAGUGGGUCGGAAGAUCAUUGUGUAUACUUGUGGGAUUUACAGUCGAAGACUAUGGUUCAGAAACUUGAAGGACAUUGUGAUACUGUUAUUUCUGUAACUUGUCAUCCUCGCCAGAAUAAGAUUGCUUCUGCUGGUCUUGACCGUGAUAGAACUAUCAAAAUCUGGAGUCAAGAUCCAUAGAAACUGUAUUUGCUGAAUUAAUACUACAAUGAACUUGAAUUUUGUUGCUAAAACAAGUUCGAAGAUGGUUGUCAUAAUUUUGUAUCGCGAUUGUUUUAUAUCUCAAAUCAAAUCAGUGGUAAUUAGGCAUGAGUUUUGUCUAAAAAAUUUGCAGUUGAAUUCAUAAUGUAUGAGCUGAUGACUCAGAUAUGAGGUUAUAUUGUAAGUUUUGUUAAAAAAAUUUGCAGUUGAAUUCAUAAUGUGAGAGCUGUUGACGCGGAUAUGAGGUUAUAUUGUAACUAUCUGAUAUUAUAACGUGGAAGUCUCAUAAAUACUGUUGAACUUGACUUGAGUUUGAUGGAGUUGAAUUAUGGGAUUAAUAGA